AUGCAUCCAGAGUUUCCAGAUGAAGACAUCAUGGCCUUGUUCGAGGAGAAGGAGGAGGAUGAGGAUAGGGAUAAGUGGAUCGCGUGGUUCGAUGGCGCGUCCAACGCCCUAGGCCAUGGGGUUGGGGCGGCUUUGGUCUCUCCCAACAACCAAUGCAUUCCCUUCACGGCCAGAUUGGGUUUCGAUUGCACGAAUAAUAUGGUUGAAUAUGAGCUGAGGGGAGAAUUGGAAACUAGGGAUCACAAAUUGAUACCCUAUCAGGCCUACAUCAUGAAACUGGCUGAGUUCUUCAACGAUGUCUCCUUCCACCACAUUACCAGAGAGGAAAAUCAAAUGGCUAAUGCACUUGCCACUCUGGUAUCCAUGUUUCAGCUAACCCCACAUGGAGACUUGCCAUACAUCGAGUUCAGAUGUCGUGGCAAGCCCGCACAUUGCUUCUUGAUAGAAAAGGAGCAUGACGUUAAACCGUGGUACUUCGACAUCAAGCGGUACGUAGAGUAUAAGUAG